AGGAUGGUUUUGUGUUUAAUUUGCCUCAAUAAAAAUCGAAGAAUGAUAAGGAAAUUAAGGUCUAUUGCUGUAAUGAUUAGUAAGAAUAUAAUUAAAAUCCAUCCAUGGGAAGGGGAGCUCGAAGAAUUCAAAUAAUUCGUCAAUAUUACCGUCCCGUUUAGAUCUUCAAUACUGCUCUAUCAUAGUAUUCUGUAGACAGCUCGAGAAAAUACAUAUUGAAAUAAAUAUUACUGACCUUGAUCAUGGGAUGGUUCUCUCCAACAAAACUGUUAGGUAUCCAUUUACAAAGUUUUACUGUACCAUCAUUGUGUAUAUGGCAUUGAGUAACGACCCCUUAUGGAGAGUACAUUACAAGGGGAAUAACUCUUAAACAGAUUACUCUUACAUAUGUGCCAUACGGAGUGCUGUCCCUUGUACACAAGAUUUAACGCUUUUCAGGUGAUGACGAGUGUGAAGCGACCCUCCCUACUGACACAGCUGCUGAGACGGUCACGUCCGAGUCUGCCAUCGUGAUGACGCCUAACCAGACUACAGCUGUAGCCUCCACCAGCCAGUCUCCACCUGUAGCCUCGACCAGCCAGACCUCAGCUGUAGCCUCCACCAGCCAGUCUCCACCUGUAGCCUCCACCAGCCAGACCUCAGCUGUAGCCUCCACCAGCCAGUCUCCACCUGUAGCCUCCACCAGCCAGACCUCAGCUGUAGCCUCCACCAGCCAGUCUCUAGCUGUAUUCUCCACCAGCCAGUCUCCACCUGUAGCCUCCACCAGCCAGUCUCCACCUGUAGCCUCCACCAGCCAGACCUCAGCUGUAGCCUCCACCAGCCAGACCCCAGAUGUAGCCUCCACCAGCAACACUCCAGCUAUAGCCUCCACUUCUCAGACCACAACUGUCUUCACACACUGGACAAGGAACGAGCCAAGUUCAUGUGAGAAGGUGUACGAGCUGCAGCAGCAAGUUCUUUCUGGAGAACGGAAGCUACAGGAGCUACACAUGAAGAAACUGCUUCUCCAAAUAAAGGUGCUGGAAAUGCAAGAGGGCAAACAAGUUUGCGAAGAGAUGACACCAUCCCAGAUACUAGUGUCACGAAUGCAAUAAGAUAUUGGAAAUAAGAAAAGUUUUUUGUUUUUGAGUCAAGAAAUAAAGCUUUAUUUUAUUUCA